AUGCCUGCUCUUCCAUUCAACUCGUCCGCUUCUUCAUCCGCUUCAUCAUCACCUACCUUGUCACCUACAACGACGCCCUCAAUAGUUCUCCAUCCCGCAUCGGGUAUAUCAUUAGAGAAGAAGGAGCUGCACAAGCCCCGACAAGAUCCGGCACAGGCAUACCGCAUGCGUUAUGCGCAGUACCUGGCCGCGACCUUUGGCUUCUCAAUGCAGGCCGCGCUCGCCGAGGCCGACUGCCAGCUUGCACCCAGGCGUUCGUCGAGUUCGAGCAUGUCAGAGGCCGAGUCGUUACGAACGAUUUGA